CGCGACCUGCAGUCGGCCCGCGACCCGGAGGCGGGCUGGGGGGCGCUGCCCAGAGACCAGACCCUCCCCUAGGCCGCGUAUCCACCUGGGAGCGGCCAGGGGCGGGGACCGAACCCGAGGGCGCCGAGGGCGGGAUCGGACUCGGCUUGGGCGUGAGAUGGCGGCGGCAGCUGUGAGCGGCGCCAAGCGGAGCCUGCGGAACGAGCUGAAGCAGCGUCUGCGGGCGAUGAGCGCCGAGGAGCGGCUACGCCAGUCCCGCGUACUUACCCAGAAGGUGAUUGCCCACAGUCAGUAUCAAAAGGCCAAAAGAAUUUCCAUCUUUCUGAGCAUGCAAGAUGAAAUUGAGACGGAAGAGAUCAUCAAGGACAUUUUCCGGCGAGGCAAAAUCUGCUUCAUCCCUCGGUACCAGUUCCAGAGCAGUCACAUGGAUAUGGUGAGAAUAGAAUCACCAGAGGAGAUUUCUUCACUUCCCAAAACGUCCUGGAAUAUUCCUCAGCCUGGUGAGGGUGACAUUCGGGAGGAGGCCUUGUCCACAGGGGGACUGGAUCUCAUCUUCAUGCCAGGCCUUGGGUUUGACAAACAUGGCAACCGACUGGGAAGGGGCAAGGGCUACUAUGAUGCCUACCUGAAGCGCUGUUUGCAGCAUCAGGAAGUGAAGCCCUACACCCUGGCGCUGGCUUUCAAAGAACAGAUUUGCCUCCAGGUCCCGGUGAAUGAAAAUGACAUGAAGGUAGAUGAAGUCCUUUACGAAGACUCCUCAGCAUCUUAAAUCUGGAUAAUUACAGCCAAAUAAUUAGUGUUUUAUACGAGAGUAAAGCAAAUUAUGUCUAUUUUUCCCUUGUCAAAAAUUAAAAUUGUAAUUAUAAAAUACCUUAUAUAAAACUGUCUUUAAAAACAAAUAGAAGUGUGAAUAGUAGACUAUUAAUGAAAAUGGAGGCUGUCAUCCUAACAUUUUCAACUUAA